UCCGAGGUGCAGGUGGAGGCCUGUUGUCUGCUCGCCAUAUUUGUUGUUGUCGUCGAUGGGGUAGGCUAGCUAGGGAUUAAAAUCAGUGACAGUGCGGUGAUAGUGCGUUAAUCCCAAUCAAGGGAACGACUUAUCGAGCGCGUGUGAAUGCUGGUCCAAGGAUCUGAAUAGGUCCCCUGACCAAGAAGCGAUAUGUCUCUUACAUAAAACUGACGGGCACUCAUUGUCAGCUGUCUUGUUCUGUUUUCGAGUGCGAGUGAAUAUUAUAUCGCUGCAUCGGUUUUGUGUUGGUGAUUAUAGUAGGGGGUCCAGUGCGUUAGCGACGGACGAUAUCAACUUUUCACAGGGAGCAAGGAUAGGUCCUCUACGUGAAAGGGAAGGGUUCGCGGCGGUGGAUGAGGAGGAGGUGGGGAAUUGAUUGUGUGCCCGGAGUAAGUAGCACGGGUCGUGUCGUGCGUACUGGUUCGUACGACGAUUAAAGCUGGCGGGCAACCUGGCUCGGUCCCCCGGGGUGGUGGGUAGGGGCGGUGGGAGUCGGGGUGGUUCGGGCAGGGCCACAUCCGUCGCGGCAAAUUCCGCUGCUGGAGCCGAGGAUGGCGCCCAAGGUGCCGCGGGGGCACUUCUCGAUUGGGAAGAGACUGAUCGAUUCUCCUUCGAGGAUUCCGAUCGCUUCGAGGAAGACUCUCUAUGUAGCUGGAGCAGCGAACCUGAGUCGAUUUGCAACAACUGGCGAGGAUGGCGACGACCACCUGCGGCAUUUAUGACCUCCAAGAAGACUGCAGAAGAUGGACAGACUGUACUGACUCUUUGCGAACUGUCAGCGCGAUGCGUCGCUUCACACAUUCCGUUCGAGCUGGUGGAACACGUUUAUCCACCAGUACCGGAACAACUUCAACUCAGGAUAGCUUUUUGGAGUUUCCCCGACAACGAAGAAGACAUCCGACUUUACUCGUGUCUAGCCAAUGGCAGCGCCGAAGAAUUUCAGCGUGGCGAGCACCUCCAUCGGUCAAGAUGCGUAAAAGACCCCCUUCAAAUUGGUUUCCACCUAAGCGCGAGCGUCAACGUGCCAAUGCUGUCGACUUCAAGUGGGGGCAAAGCGCAAUAUAAUGUUGCAGUGACUUUUGAUCGUCGAAGAAUCACGUCCUGUAAUUGCACUUGCACCUCGACUGCUUAUUGGUGUUCACAUGUGGUGGCCGUUUGCCUGCACAGGAUACAUAUGCCAAUGCAAGUAUGCUUGAGAGCUCCCGUGAGUGAAUCACUCUCGAGGUUACAUCGUGACCAGUUGCAAAAAUUCGCUCAGUAUCUCAUCAGUGAAUUACCACAGCAAAUUUUACCAACUGCUCAGCGACUUUUGGACGAAUUGUUGUCCUCUCAGCCGAGUGCUAUCAACUCUCACUAUGGUGCUCCAGACCCAACGGCCGGGGCUUCUGCACACGACCAAACCUCCUGGUACCUCGACGAGAAAACUCUGCACGGCAACAUCAAAAAGAUACUAAUCAAGUUCUGUAUACCAGCUCCCACCGUUUUCAGUGACGUGAAUUACCUAACGAAUAACGCCCCACCGGCAGCAGCAGAGUGGUCCGCCCUACUUCGACCCCUGCGAGGUCGAGAGCCCGAGGGUAUGUGGAAUCUACUCUCUAUCGUUCGGGAGAUGUUCAAGAGGACCGACAGAAACGCGAUACCGCUUCUUGAGAUUAUCACUGAAGAGUGCAUGGCCUGCGAACAGAUUAUUGUCUGGUGGUUCAACACGAAGGUGGCAAUGACAAAUGGCUCCGGACAUGGAGGAGGCAAGCAUGCCAACAUGAACAGCAAUGCCCAUGCAUCUCAACAUGCCUGCUCGUCCCUUUGCGACGAAAUCGUCAUCCUCUGGAGGCUCGCGGCCUUGAAUCCUGGCCUCUCGCCCUCCGAACGUCAGAUGCUUCUAGCUCAAUUUUCCGCCUGGCACCUGAAGAUCAUGGACAAGGUCACGAAGAGUCGCGGUAGUGCUGUCUCACUUAAUGCACAUAACAGAAACAACGGUGGUGGACAGAAGGAUUCUUUAAAAACCGACCUUGAAGUGUUUCCGGGAUUCAAGCCAGCCUUGGAAGCCUGUUAUCUCGAUUGGAACGAGUACACUUUACCUGGCAUAACAUAUACUGCAGAAACCAAUCCGGUCUAUCAUUGUCCAUUCACCUGCUUUAGGCAUGCAGGCGAUAGUAGAACCGAAGUGAAUCAGGUGAACUCUAGUGCUGCUGUAUUGAAUUGUCAGCCACCGACGUCUCAUCAUCACAGUAGACGGCCCUUGAGUCUAGGGCUCGUUGAAUUUAGUUACAUGGAUAGAAGAAGAUUAAAUCCUCGCGAUUUCCCUGGAUUGUGUUCAAGAAGUGGAGGUGGAGAUGGAAAUCGAAGCAGCGAUAGUUCAGAGGGUUUCUGUGAAAAUGAUGCGGAUAUAAACGACAUUCCUGAGCCACCAGUUGUCUUGGUUCGAAGAGGCUGUGGCCAAAUUAAUAACUGCGGUGACACGGAUUCACAGGAGGGUGGAGGCAGUGAAUCGUCAUCGAACAGCAACGUUAGUUUGAAGAACGCUCAAGGCUUGGACAAGCAUCGCUCAAACGCCUCGUCCGAGACUCAAAGUGAUAGUAGUGAUAGUUGUAGUAACAAAGUCCCGUGUGAAGUGAACUGUAAGCGAACUGACGUGGACUUCCUCGAAGAAGCAUCAUGCGCUGGUUUAGCAAAAGCGGUUAGUGCGAAAAGUGAGCGGGAGUCGGAUCAUGAAAAAGAUCCCUCCAGGAGGCCGUCUAAGGACGAGAGCUCGUCGUCGAGUAGCGACAGUCCCUCAGGUGAUGAAUACAACGUAUAUUAUUAUGAUCCUAAGGCCGCAGCCAACAACGGGACUGGAAAAGAGGUCAAGGACGAAACUCAGCCCGCGGGCAGCACCAUUAGCGUUUUAUGUAAUCUCAAGAAGGCGGAUGAUCCGUAUGACGUUCUUUUCGCCAGAGCAGAAGGUCUCCAUGCUCACGGACACAAUCGAGAGGCCUGUAGUCUCUGUGUGAGUUUGGCUGAGGAACUUCUCACCAAUCCACCAGAUCUCAUGGCUAAUCCACCUCCAAUGCCCAUCAAGGGCAAGAGAAAGAAGCAUCAAAUCAACCCUGCAUCACAUAAGAUCACGUGUUUAGCUUCAGCAACUUUAGCGAAGUGUGGAUUUCUUUGCAUGGUUCUUGCUGAAUAUCCGGAACAUCACAAUUUGUCUUUCAGAGUAGGAUUGUUCGGAUUGGAAAUGGCGAGACCGCCAGCGAGCACCAAAUCUUUGGAGGUAAAAUUAGCGCACCAAGAGAGCGAACUAAUCGGACUUUUGAAGCGAAUUCCCAUCGGACCAUCAGAAUUACUGAUGAUCAAACAGAGAGCGAAGCAGUUCAGAGAUGGAGUUCUCCGUUCGAGGGGACAUGCUCUUCUGCCAAUAAUGCUCGCCAGUUUCAUAUUCGACGCUCUCACUGUGUCAAGAAUGAAAAUGCCCACAGACGUUGACGAGAAUCUUGGCUUCGAUGCUGCCGUUGCUGCCCUAGGACUCAAGGCCAACGUAAGCGAGGCGGAUCAUCCUCUCCUUUGCGAAGGAACUCGACGUCAAAGAGGAGAGUUGGCGAUAACGCUUCUGGUACACUACAAGGACGAACCGAAGAAAAUUGCUAGGAUAAUGGACAAACUUUUAGAUCGCGAGGUUCAUCAACUGAUCAAAUCCCCCAUUGUUAGCAGCUAUUAUAGUUCUAAUCCUCCCACCAAGAGCCAGUUGGCCAGUUUCCGACGGGAAAAAUCGUGCUCGUCUCCACUUACUGGAACCGAAGCGAGCAGUACGGCCGAAGGCAUCGCAGGAAAUUCCACUAGACCCCACAGCAGUACAAGUGCUGAACAAGAAAACGUAAUAGCGGUCAUGCAGACUGUGCAGACACAAACAGCGCAACAGCCAGUAUCUACCAGAACAAAAGAGCCGAGAUACAAGAACAAAAGAGCCUCAAUUCCAAAGCCAUUGAUUCCAAAUCAACCAUCAGAAGCCGGCGCGCAUUUCAUGUUCGAAUUAGCAAAGACAGUCCUCUCAAAAGCCGGUGGCACCAGUUCCACCUCACUUUUCACGCCUUCCUCGACGAUCCAAAACAGCCACUCCACCCACAGGCCGCUUAGUAUGUGUGCCUUCCAGCUGGGUAUCUAUGCCCUUGGUCUUCUCAACUGCGUCAGUCCGAACUGGAUAAGCAGAACCUAUUCGAGUCACGUCUCGUGGAUUAAUGGCCAAGUUUCGGAGAUUGGGACAGCCGCGAUUUGCUUCCUUAUCGACACCUGGGAAGGACAUCUCACACCCCCGGAAGCCGCCAUUAUAGCCGACACUGCCUCCAGAGGCAGUGAUCAUAAUUUGGUGAAAGCUGCUGCUGAACUGGCACUUUCUUGCCUUCCACAUUGCCACGCUCUCAACCCGAAUGAAAUUCAGAGGGCGAUUUUACAAUGUAAGGAACAAGGAGAUCUGAUGCUUGAAAAGGCUUGCGUCAUUGUCGAAGCUACGGCGAAGAAAGGUGGCGGUGUGUAUCCAGAGGUUCUUUUUCAAGUGGCCAGAUUGUGGUACGAGUUGUACAUCAGGCUAACACCUGGUGGAGAGCAGCAAGAUGAGCUACCUCACGAUACUCUACAGCUGGAUCCGAACGGAACUCUUAUGGUAGAGCCCGGUUCUCAAGUGGACAUGGCGACUGGUCAAAUGAUAUCCGGACCCACACAAACUGUAGUUGUCACCAGCACCCAGCCUCCUCAAUCGUAUCCUCAUCCAACUAUAACCACGCUCGCUCCUUUGGAAGUUACAAUGCCAUAUGCGGUUGGACCAUACAAUUUUGUACAUCCACACCAUCCAAUGCCUGCGUUUCCGGGACCGAUGCCUCCACACAGAGUGACUUUGCCACCCCCACCUCACAUGCAGAUGUACCACACAGGAUUCCCCCCGCAUCCAGGACAUCCACAGCAUCCACAACAUCCGCAGCAUCCACAACAUCCACAACACCCUCAUCAUCCACCUCAGGCGGCUCAGCCUCCGCCUGUGCCGCAGUAUUAUGGGCCUCAACCUACUGUCACCACUGUAAAUGUUCAUCCACCCCCUGGAACUCAUCAUAUGUUCACUAUGCAGCAACCAAUGCCCGUUAAUGUCCAAGCGGGUGUUCAAUCUUUACCUGGUCAAAACGGUAUACCAGGACCUACGUUAGUUCAAGCUCAGCCAAUUAUAUCGACCGUCAGAGCUCAAUCUCAGGUUCACAGACAAAGUCAGCCCGUGACAACUCAGCAGUACAGGGCACUCGUCUCCGCCUAUCGAGUUGGAAUGUUGGCGUUGGAAACUUUGGCACGGAGAGUUCAUGACGAUAGACCGCAGGCUAAAUACGCGAGAAAUCCUCCGUAUGGCGAGGACGUUAAGUGGCUGCUGAGAGUGUCAAAAAAACUAGGCACGCAGUACUUGCACCAGCUGUGCAUCUGCGUCGUGAAUAGCAUAGUUAGUCCAUUCGUCCUGCACGACGUCGCAGUGGAAGCUGCACAUUACCUCGCCAGAGGCAAUCCUUCUCUCGUCCUUCAACAUUUGAGAUCGGCUCUCUUGGCUCCUCUAGUUCAUAAAUGCCAGCAAAUGUAUAUUCAAUGUAUGCAUCAGAAAUUGUAUCAUCUGAUGACUGGCGAUUACGAAGACUUUGCGAGUGUUGUGUGUGCCGCAAGGGCGGCUUUCAAUAUCACACCGGAAGGACACACGCAAUUCAAGGAAUGGUUACAAUCCAUUAAAAGAUCGCAGUCCUGCAACAAGGAACUUUGGGUGCAGAUCAACGCAGCGUUGCAGCAGAACAGUAAAUGACACAGAGUAGAAUCUGGAAUUAUGUGGCUUAUACCCCACCCUCAAAGUCAUCAAACCUUCGACGAUUCGCAAUUUGCAGUCCCUACACCGGAACAAUCCGCAAUAAUUGCAGAUCUUCGAUUUCGUUCGCGAGUUGGCCUUUCGCGUCAAGAUCGGCCCUGCCAGGAUUUUCACUCUCUGCGUCGUCGAAGACCAUCUCUAAACGCACCCACGCAAAACGAUCACCGAGCCAUUUCCUCCAAGGUCCGUUGAUUAAAGCAGAUUCUCUCACCCAGUUCCAAUUGAGAAAUCGUGACACGAUGCCAUUUUCGAUCAGCGAAAACUCUUUAUCGCAGGAUCCAAAAUGGCAUUGUUUUUUAAUGACAUAUUUACAAUUAAAUCAACGGAUCUUGAUUUCCUCCUCCGCGUUUUCGUCCACGGCGGGGGAAGGUCGAGAAAUGAAUUUUCUCUGGAUAGCGAUCCGACGGAUGAAAUUUUAGUUCAUUAUAUACUAACGAUAUAUUCGUAUCGUUAUAUUAGUUCUCUUUUACGGGCUUUGAAUGAAAUCGAGUGAAUGUUCUCCACACGAAUCCGAAUCAAAAGAGAAAUUUUUUUUAGAGCCGAAGGAUCAACUGCACAUGUUUUGCAACUUUUUUUUUGUAUUAAUUUAGUACGAAAUUCAGAGAGUCCCUUUAUUUUUCUCUGACACAAAUUUUUAAAGUGAUGCUUACUAUUUACUUUUUAGCUCGAGUUUAGGAUUUUGUAAAUUUUUUCGGCGUGAUAGUGCUUCGAUUGAAAAGAAAUGAUCUGUGAACUGUUUGGUCGUUUGAUCGUUUGAUCGACAUUAGUUUAAUUAUUAUUCACCGGGUGUUGAGUGCGAAAUGAUGAGGCAAUUUACGAAUUGUUCAAAGUAAAGUAGCAUUCGCUUAUUCUUUUCAAGGCCCGUUGCUAUUGAGCGCAGUCUAUUUUUGUGACUGAGAGUCUUUAAGUAAUUUAGUUGAAAGUAUAUUUUAAGAAUGCGAGUUUAGCAUCGCGCUGAGUUUCAAAAACUUGAAAAGUUUUCGUGAAACUGGAAGGCCGCGCGAAGCAAUUAGCUAAUCAAAAUUCAAAACCCGGAAUCAUCGAUCGACACACGAAAUCAUUUUGAGUUACUUUAGUUAGAACAACAUAUUUAGCUUGAAUUAGAUAGGAAAUUUUAUUUCGACUCUAGAUAGGGUGAAUUCUCAAGUCUUGUUUUAAUUUUAUAAAACGAGCGAAAAUUCGGGUAACAAUAGCUGUCUAUUUAUAGAAAUAAUAACGAGCCGGUCAGAUCCACACAGAGAUAUCUACUUAAUACUGUAUUUUGAAUUUCUCCCGAAAGCAGAUUUUCACUUUCCUCGAAGGCAAUCAUCACCUCUUCUCUCUUUUUUUUCGACAUAGAAAUAAUUAUUGUCGCGUACUUGUUUUGUACGAAAUAGAGAUAUAUAGGUAUAUUUACUACGCAUAGCAGCAUAUUCUCGGUUUUGUCUUCGUCGACAAUCCAUGAAGGAAAUGAUCUCUGUAAUUUUUAAAUUAAAUUUAUUUAAAGUAUGAAUAAAGAAGUGAAGAAUCUUUAACGCUAA